AAGUUUCUCCAGUGCCUACUAAGUUACAGGAACUCUCUAAUUGCCUCCUUAUCAUUCCAUCAUCCGUGUCCCUGCAUUGAUAGACAUUAAAAUAAAUGAGGGUGGGGGUGGGAACCAAAUUUGAGGUCCUGAGCAGCCAGGCUGGCAGCAGAGGAGACAAACUGACCCCAAGAACACAGACUUGGGGUGGGGAUUUUGCAGUGGAAGGAGGACAGAAACAAAGGAUUGAUCGUGAGCAGGCCUGGCACACUGAAGGAAUGGGGAAAUAAUACUAAAAAAAGAACACUACCACCAAAACUCUUUUUUGAGGUAAGAAAGGGGUAACGGUUGAAUUAUCUUGAGGGGAGCAGAGUGAAUGGCUCAGUCAGAUCCAUAGCUGUCAACUUUUCCCUUUUCUUGCGAGGAAUCCUAUUCGGAAUAAGAGAAUUUCGCUUACAAAAGGGAAACGUUGACAGCUAUGGUCAGAUCGCCCUGGAAGGAAGCAUGUUUUUAAGGGAUGCUACUUUGGGGAAGCUCAAUAGUUUUAAGGGUUGCCAAUCUUUGAAUCUCCCUCUGCAGCUACUGAUGUGCAUCAAGGUGAUCAGGUUUAUUCCAUGUUAUGAAAAAACCCUCCAGCUCAUUUCUGCAGAAAUGGGAGCAGUUUCCCCCCAGGUUCAUUGGCAACCCUACAGAGUAUACAUUUGGAAAUGAGUUGCUGUUUGCCAGACUUGUGCGUUGGGGUGCUGUGGGGUGGGAGGUUUGUGUGUGUGUGUGGUUGCGUGGGGCGUUGUUCAUCUUGGGUUAUUGGUUGCCAACUUACCACCAGUAUCACACGGCAGCUCAGUCUGCAUCAGUUGACCAUUCUACACAGGGGUUGCCUGCCAAUUUCAGCAGAUCAGAAAAGGCUCAAGAGCAGGCCGAGUGAAGGGGAUCUUUUAAACGUGCCAGUCUUUUAGUCAACAAAGAAAACCUGUAAUCAAACUGGAGAGUUUUUAGGAAUAUAUGCAAGGUGCUUUAAUCUAUGCAAGGUGCCUCAGUGAUCUUUUAUGAUUUCUGCUACCCUGACUGUGUUUUAUUUCCUUACAUUGUCAGUUUGUAUUUAGAGAUUUGAUACGAAUGUUAAUACUAUUUGUAGAGGAGCAGGGCAGGUUGUUGGGCUGGAUUUUAUGGUGUAGUAAUGGUAACUCCACCUUUUGCCAAAUAACUCAAGGCGGCUUUCCUCAAAUGAAAGCUGUGUUGAAUUCUUUGGCAAUAGGUAAGGUCAUAACUAUAAGGAAACAAACCUCUAUAGACUGGAGUAAGGCAGAGGGAUGGAGGAUGGGUGGGCGGACACAGAGAUAAAAGAACAAUAACUGAUGUCUCAUUUUUGUUCAUGGCACAAAUAGAUAAUAUAUAGAAGUGUAUUACAUUCUAUAUUCAGGUUCGGCAAAUUUAUAAAGGUUUAGAUUAGACUUUAUUUCCAGCUUUUCAGGGGACUCUGGUUUCAGAUAUUUGUAAAUAUCUGAUUAGCAGGACUCAGGGGCUCGGCUUUGUUGAUUGUGGCACUUGUGGAUUCUACCCCCCAGGGAAAUCCACCCAAUUCCAUCUCUGCUAAAACACUUAAAAACAAACAAACACAUCAGGCAUUUACUGCUUUUAUGCUGUCUCCUGGGCUUUAAACUUAUAAUGUCGCUGUGCUUUGUACUUUUGCCAUUUGAUUGACUUAAAAUUAGUGUUUUUAUUGUGGUUAUACUGCCUGGUUCAUUUUUUUUUAAAAAAACCCUAGGAACUCUUUCAGCCAGAAGACAGGAAUUCCCCAGGUGCCACAAUUCCCCAUCUCUGUAUCUCAUUGACACAAAGACGUUCCACCUAUUGGUUCAGUCUGCUGGACAGCUGUUAAAGGCAGCUUUAAAAAGCUGGCCACUUUACGCAAUUAAUGAUGCCAAUUGACCAAUGAGGAACUGUCCUUUUACUUUGUGUUUUUAGUGGCUGUGGGAUGUGUAGAACUUAGCAGAGGAGGUUUUGUGAUGCAUGGAAAUAAAAAUAUACAGUCUGCUACAGCAGCAGCUUCAAAAACUGGCAACUACCAACUCAGCAUUUGAUCAUUGUUAGAAAUCCUCAAGAAUUUUACUCUCUCUGGACUGCAAACUCUUCAGCUGACCCCCAGAGCUGCUGGCUGUACAUCAGCAGUUUGACUUGAAGCAGUUGUUGCCAGUUUAGAUUUUAAAAAGCUUUGUCUUCUAUAGCUCAAACUUAUGUUAAAGGGAGAGGAGCAUGGGCUAGGCUGUUGUUUUUCUGAUCACUAUGGCAACCCCUAUUCCAGGGGUCAGCAAACUUUUUCAGCAGGGGGCCAGUCCACUGAUCCUCAGACCUUUUGGGGGGGCAGACUAUAUUUUGAAAAAAUAUAUAUGAAGGAAUUCCUAUGCCCCACAAAUAACCCAGGGAUGCAUUUUAAAUAAAAGCACACAUUCCAUGCUGAUUCUCGGACCAUCCAUGGGCUGGAUUGAGAAGGCGACUGGGCCGCAUCCGGCCUCCGGGCCUUAGUUUGCCUACCCCUGCCCUAUUCCUUUCCUAGCUCCUCCUGAAGUCCACCUUCUUUAUAUCUCUUUUUUUAAAAAAGCACCUCGACACUUUCCCUUGAGAACGUGUUCCAGUCCUGGGCUCUUUGUCUCAGCUCAAAAGAUUAUCUUCAUAUGUAAUCUAAAGCUCCUUUCUGGGCAGUGCAAAGCAAUUCUGUCUCCUCUCAUUCUCUCUCUCUCCACACAUGCAACCUCCCAGAUAGAGCCUGAUAAGAAUUCCUCUCUUCUUUUCCAAACCAACUGCUGACAUACAGGACAUCCUUUUCCACAUGGCUUGGGGAAUAAAACAUUUCAAUGAUCAGCUAAACAAGAAGACGGGCAUACGUGUCCUAAAUGUGGUAGAAAUGGUUUUGAUGGUCUGGAAAACACACUCACAGCAGAUGUGCAUGGAAACCCAAUCCACCUUAGAAUGUUACAUUUGUUUUCAUCCUUGUGAUGUAACAUCUGUCUUCACCCUUACCAAAUAUCUUCAGACUGUUACCUCUCUCUUCAUUCCUACCUAGUGUUGUAUACAGGCACUGUGAUAGAGAGCUGACACCUUUAAGUUAAUGGACAUGAUGACGAAGGUCUAUUAAUUUCAGUGGCUGAGUAGAACUUGGUUAGAUACAACCCCCUAUUUUUCUGUACAGUGGUACCCCAGGUUAAGAACUUAAUUCAUUCUGGAGGUCCGUUCUUAACCCGAAACUGUUCUUAACCUGAGGUACCACUUUAGCUAAUGGAGCCUCCCGCUGCCAGAGCACGAUUUCUGUUCUCAUCCAGAAGCAAAGUUCUUAACCCAAGGUACUAUUUCUGGGUUAGUGGAGUCUGUAACCGGAAGCGUAUGUAACCCGAGGUACCACUGUACUUACAAUAGUUUUCAGACUUGCUUCUCUACAGGCUAUGUGUUUUUCACAGAUAUAUCAGCACAUUGCUGGAUUAUAGCAAGAUCCAUUCAGUCCAGCAUUCUGUCUCCUAAAUGGUUACCAGCCUCUCUCCGCCCCCUCUCUCCCCCUCCCUCUCUUCCCGUGUGUGUGUGUGUGUGUGUGUGUGUGUGUGUGUGUGUGCUUGUAUGGGGAUUUUCUGUCUGCUUUUCACCUUCAAGACUGGGGGUGCUCAAAGUGACCAACAAGGCAAAGCAUAUAAACUGAGAAUAAAAUAGUUAAAAAAUUAAAAUCCAAAUCUAAUCCACCAGGACUCUUAUUAUGCUCUUAUUUCCCUGAUUUUCCUCCCUAGGAUGGAUACUGCUGCCCCCCUCCCAACCGUGCCUUAUGACCGUGUGAGGGUCAACAUGGAGAGGGAAGAGGUUUUCCUGGAGCGCUCGGCCUUGCCCCUGGACCCCCGCCUCAUAAGUACCAUCACGGGAGGUGUGGAGGCCUCCUGCCGAGACUGCCUGCUUCCCUUUGGGCUGCUGAUGAGCAUCAUUGGCCUGGCUGCCACUGGUGUGGCUGGUGUCCGUGACCCUCCUGGCUCUGUGUUGUCUGUCCUGGGGUGGGUCUUGCUGGGGUCCGGGGUCUUGGGGGUGGCUGUCAGCUGCUUGUGGCAGCAGUACAGGAGCCGGAAGAGGUGUGGCAGCUGGACUCUACUGAUGGAGCCAGAAGCAAAGAAAGCGGUCAUAUGAAGACCUGAGACCAGAUUUAUCCUGUCAGCCAGAAGAACACUUCAGCAUGGAGUGAGAAUCCAACCCAAAAGGCUGUUUUUCAAGGAAAACCCAAUUUUGAACUGGUGACAGGUUCCAAAAUCCAUUGGAAAAUCUCAAUCCAAACCAGUCCAGGUUUUAUAAUCAGCCGGUUUCCACUUUGAACAAACGGCAACUGCAUUCUGGGGUUUUCAACCUAUAUAAAUUGGAAAUCCAUUCUGGGCCAUUUCUUACCCACGUUUCCCUUCUAGUCUGGACACAGUUGGGGCUACUCCAACCAUCCUUACCUGAUUCUGACACGGUAAGACUGCAAGAAGUGACAAUGUUUUGGAAACGCAUCGGAAUAAUGUCUUACCUUUUACGCUGUGCCAGCACUUGGCAACAAAGUCCUAGGCCUGGGUGAAGAAAAGGAUCCCUUUCCCAAUCCUAAUUCCUUGCAACUGACGAAGUGGAAUGCAGUCUACAAAACUUUACGUCUCUAUAAGUUCCUAGUCCUUAUGAGGCAUGAAGAAAAUCCAUUGCCCUCCACCAAAACCUCAUUCCUCACCAUUAUAAGGGCCAAUAAUUUGUUCACAUUUGUUCACAUCGGUAAGAUGACUUAUUCCUAGAAACCACACGCCUACCCCAAAAUUGAACCUCUCUGCUUUCUUUUCUUUCUUUUUAAAGCACGUUUCUAGUUCCCAAGUUUGCAAAUAUUGGCUGAGGUGGAUUUCCAUGGGUAAGAGAGGGUGGUGUAUUAGUAUCUUGUGUAGCUCUUUGCACUUCUCUUACUUACUGGAAGCGGAGUAUUGUAUUUUAGAAUUAUUUCUGGUGCAGAACGAGUUGGUAGAAUGCUUAUCCAGCCCUACUUGUGCCAUUCAAGACAAAGACAGAAAAUAUAUAUGCCUCUCUCUUUUCGUUGAACCCUGUUGGGUGCUCUCUGAUAAAGAAGGGAUAGCCUCCCUCCAAGUUUCCAUCUUCUCAGGGCAAAGCACACAACUGUAAGCAACCAAUUCCCUGCAAUGGUGCUUCCACUUCUGAGCCAUCUGCUCCUUCUGGCAGUAUAUUUUCCACACUGCAAAUCUGGGGAGCUGGUCAAGGCUCCAAGGAAGACCAGGUGAGAUGGUAAAUGUUUUUCUGGACUACUUCAGACUGCAAGGGGCGACUCACAUGCUCUUCUAGAAGUGGAGGGAGCAAAGGAAUUCCUGCACAUAGAAAAUUAGCCUAUCAAGAAGAAAAGUAGGUUAGAUCCUUUCCUUUCGCUAUAGAUUUCUAUGUGCAGGGCAUUCAGUCACGGGAGUCUUCAUUCCCAGUCUGAAGUGGUAUUGUCCAGUUUAGCAUACAAAUUACUGAAAACUGCAUCUUUAGACCUCGUACAAUCAAUUUGGCCCAGACCCAUCCAGCAAAGGCAAGGCCUCGAAGAGGAAAGGAAGGCCCCCGUUCCCAAACCCUGGACUGACUACGAGUGUAACUGCAGACAAUAUACUCUUGGUGGCUGGCUUGAUCUCGGCCAUCUCGGUGCCCAUGUAUAAACAGACCAAGCUUAUCACUCCGGCCCACGGUGCCACUCCUAGGUCAGGACAUUGUUCUGAGAGCAAGCCCCGGUUUCCUGCUAAUGACACACCCCAGGCAUAGUUGGGAGUUUGGUCUAGGAGCUGUCCGCUUUCAAAUUGCAUUAGGAAAGUCUCACACACACAUCCUAGAGUUCACCAAGUCACAACAUAGCAUAGUACAUUUUCAUCCCCACAUUAUGCACUCAGUCUCAACCAAAGUCCAUGUGCAGGUGAACAUUGCUUAGCCCAUGGCCAGUCUCACUGGAGUUUUGCCUAGACUUGCAAGAUGGUCCUAAAGGGAUGCCCUUUGCCCAUGCGCAGAUGCUAACUUUCCAGAGAUUAAGCGGCAUUACUACAACAUGUCAUUAAUUUUAUGCAUCCUGCCACAUUCCCUUCUAUAUUAUAUUUAGCUAUGCGCCUUAUUGCUUUUCCAUAAUCUAGUGAUUCGUUUAUUUUCAAUCAGCUUUAUGUAUUAUCCUUGGAAAGACACAGUUCAAAUACAUUUUGCAGCCGAAAGCAAAGGACAAGAUUUCUGUCACAACUACAUCCCCACAUGACACAUACAGAAGCUGAGUAAAAGGGGCUGGGAGACAGAGACAUUCAUGUGGGGAGGAGGUUUUCUCUUCUCUGAGGGAAAAGGGCCAGAGGAGGGGUUGAAGGAAAAGGCUGUGGCAAAUAACGCAGCCAUUUCCAGAGACAGAUUAGGUAUCAAGCAGAAAGCAAAGUCAGUUCCUGCUAGUUGACUGAUACAAGACCAAACUCUGCUUUCACCUGCUGCCAUGUUGUGAUUGGCUCUGUCCCUGCGGCACCAUUUAGUGGCUGAUGGGCCUCAGUAACUUUCAGCCUUCUCAAGUGGGCCCUGGGGGUAGAAAGUUUAAGAAGCCCUGACCUACAGGACAUAGCUGCGGCCUUUGGCCCUUCACUGCUUCACCACCGGCCAUGCAGUGCAAAACAGCCCACAGGGCGGUGGUCAUGCAAUAACUUCGGUUUGUUUGUUUUUGUCCGACAGAAACAUGCCAUGUCGAUUGUCAUGCCAAUGAAUAUUGUGUAUGAAGGUGCAUCUAACAUUUAUACCCUCUGAAGAUAUUUACUUUGAGUUGUAAAGGUAAAGCUGCAAGGCUGUUGCAUGGUUAAGCUGGGGGGAAAAGAGUACCUAUAUAUGGGUUUAGUGAUGUAAUGGUGGGAUAUUGAAUGAAAUAAAAUAUAUGAAUGAAUUCCUAAUACAGUGCUGCUGAGAAAAGGUCUUUUCCCCCUCCCAGAGGACUCUGUGCCAGAAUUGGGACUUCUGGAGAGAAGGGGGAACCCUCCUCCCCCAACUCUGGCUGCCCGCUCAAUUGUGGUGCCAGGAAGGGAGAUGGCAGGGCAGGAAAGAGGUCAGGACAUACGUCAGCCCAGGGCUUCAAAUAGCUAGCUGGGGUCAUUGGGAGGCCUGCCAAUUGCCUGCUGGGCCUAUUAGAUCACCUUGCUUUGGCUCAGCAAGCACCACAGAGCUCUAACAAAGAUAGCUAGAGCCACCUGUAAGGAUAGGUGGAUUUAGGGAAAUGCACUCACACCUGGCCCUAUGGCCAUAGCCAUCUCCUGAGAUCCAAUCACCUCAGUUGUGGACCUGCCAGAACCUCACAGCUUUCAUGCGGAAGGCACAUGCUAUACAGAACAGUGAGGUGUUUUAAAUCUGGAAGCUUCGCCGCAUUUCUCACCAGGGAAUCAACGUUGCAUGGACGGGUGAGGUUCAUGAAGCAUGCAUGCGAAUGCACAUCCAUUUCACACCAGGUCCGUCCUAUUUCCUGUUCGGUCCCCUCCCUUCUGCAGCUUGUUUUCCCCAAACAAGCCUUCCAUCAAUCUCAAGCAGGUACUUUGGGAUGUUCCUUUCCGAUUGCCCCACUCCCUACCCCACCCCACCCUUUUAAAGCAUGAGAAUAGUAGCAGCAGUGCUUGGACUCCAGUCCCAGGUUCAAAUCCCAGCAAUGAAACCUGUCAGCCUAGUUUCCUCUCUCAGGAUUGUUGUGGAGAUAAAAGCAUGAUAAGGAAAGGAAGCCCUGGACCACCAGCACUUCUUGGGAGAAAAGAAAUGCAGAAGAAUUUUGUAAAUAUAUAUAUAUAGGGCUAGUCUAGCCUCUUAUCAAGUCUUUCUGCGGCUUCUCCAACCACUAAAUGCAAGGGGAAAGGGAACAGAAAAGUUUGUGAAAAUAUUUGAUGCAACCCUGUGUCUACUUAGAUGUAGGUCCUGGUGAAUUCAGUUACUCUCAGGUAAGUGGAGCUAGAAUUGCAGCUUAUGCCUUCUCUCACCAGUGACUUUCCUAGCUUAACUACCGGAUUCUGCAGGCAGCAGCCCAUCAUUGUUUUUGCCUGCAUCGUUGCUCUCUCACACGACGACGCUCUGAACGAGCACAAAGUGCAAUGAUCAUUCAGCAGCCAGCUCUUAUAUUUGAGGCAGAGACAUUAACACAAGAGCUGGUUUUCAAGUGCUUCUAAGCCUCACCUUAGAAUAAAAUUCAUUGGUAUUCAUCUAUCCCUUGGGACAAGAAAAAAUGGAUGUGUACUGGGUGGGAACAAGGAGUUUUCUUAGCUCUAAACUGCCAUCUGUUGGUCAUUGUCAAGGCAAUUAAACAAGCAUCUGUAAAUCACCUCCAUGACCCCCAAUAGUGGACAUGGAGACU